AUCUUCUCGUCAACUAAUGGACAUCUUCAGCGCAAUUAGCUACUAUUGUCUGCUAAUUAGAGGUGUCUAUUAUUUAGGCAAUGUCAUUUUUCUCAUGUCAAAUCAACAGAAAAUGGAUUUCUAAAUCACUUAGCACACAAACUUGGUAACCCAUGGUGAAUUCAGCUGAAUUUACAAAGAGAAAUUGCUCAAAUGUGCCUAAUAAUACUGAUACUGGUGUAACAAGACACAUGGGAAUGUUUACAUUAAAGCAGUCUGUGCAGAAACUUUGCCUGUUAAUGGCAGAAGUUUACUUUUUUGGAGUGUAAUUAAUUAGAGAGAUAUGUUCUUAAUAAAAAUAAUAAAUAAAAAAGUUCUGUUGAGUUAUUUCAACUAAAAAUAAAGACAAAGUGAAAUAUUUUGCGACUUUGUAGUUCAAUCAAUAAAAGAGGAACAAGUCAAAAAUUUGCUCCGGCCUAUCUUGGGGGUGAAGAAGAGAAGAAGAGUAUUGAAAUCAAUGCGAUCAGUUAAAAACAUGCUCAUGAUAUUCUUUUGAAGUCUCCUGUGUAUCAGUUUGUUCUAAAGAGCUCUGAAUGUCAUUGGUCAAAAAAAACACCUACCGCCAUGUAUUUAUUAAAUCCAUAUUUAAGAAAAUUAAGAAUCAGUGAAAGUGACCAACACACUAACAAGCAAGAGUUUUACAUGUGCUGACGUCAGCAUUUUUUUUUGAUGCUACAAGAAAGAACUUUUACCGAAGUUUUCUUUUUGAUGAUCGUGCAAUCUGACUUUUCUGGUGCUAUCAUUUUGAAUUGUAUGGUAUGUUUUUAACCUUUUAACCUAGCCGAAAGUUUUUAUUGCCCUUUUUUUGGCAAUUUUUUUCUGUUUUCUCAGACAGUAGCUAUGCGGUUUUUCAAUUUUUUUUUUGCUGCGCAAUAACAGUAAUGUUCCUGCUAACUCGUUUCUAGUUCAAUCAGGUUUUUUUGGAUUUAUACUAGUUAUGGACACCGUUGACCAGAAACCAAAAAAGCAAUUUUUAUAUGUAUUCAUUUAUCCUAUGUAAAUACGUCACAGGUUUGGAUGUGCAAAUUUUUAAUGUGGUUUUAAAAACAGUUUCAUGUUGACGUAGUAAUAAUAUUAGGCACGGAAAUUGCAACAAUUGAAAACUGUUACAAAGCCCAAAUGCUACAAAUAUGUAAUAUGUUUUUAAUAUUGUUUUGCUGUUGAAAUCACAACGGCUAUAAGUUGUUGUCUGUGUGAAUUAAAAAAUGAGAUUUGACUUUUUGGUAUAAAAUAGGGAUUUUGGAAUAUCAUUUAAGUUUUAUUUUGUAAAGUAAAAAUAGAAAUGUGUCUGCAUUGUUGUAUGUUGACUGUUGUUUACAAAGUUAAAAUUUUUAAAAAAAACACCUACCGCCAUGUAUUUAUUAAAUCCAUAUUUAAGAAAAUUAAGAAUCAGUGAAAGUGACCAACACACUAACAAGCAAGAGUUUUACAUGUGCUGACGUCAGCAUUUUUUUUUGAUGGUUAGUAUGACAACUUUUGUGUUACCCCGUUUCAACAGUCAAGUGGAUUUGUUUUUAUCGAAAUUUUGUUUUCUUUUUUUUACAAGCUACAAGAAAGAACUUUUACCGAAGUUUUCUUUUUGAUGAUCGUGCAAUCUGACUUUUCUGGUGCUAUCAUUUUGAAUUGUAUGUUGUCUGAAGAAGUUGCAGCGGUGGUUAUACCUGGUGUUGGUUAACUGAAGUAGAUGGCAGUGAAAAAGAUGUAAAUUUGGCUGGAAUGAGACGCAAAGCUCAGGAGAAAGACAAAUUUGAAGCUCCUCCCCCAAAAGAAGAAGUCGUGCCUGAAAACAUGAUGCAUAUAGGCAAACGAUCCCCUAGAAGGCGUUCACGCUCUCCCAUUCACAGCGGCUCAAAUUAUGGUCGAUCUUUGUCACCAAUGUCAAGAUACGAAGAACUUUAUAGGAAAGAUGAUCCAUUUGGAAGAUAUGGUGCCUAUGAUCCUCAGAGAGAUUUUCCACCUGGUAGAGGAUAUGCACCACAUCCUCACGAUGAUGGUUACCCACCUCCAUAUGGUGGCAGGGAAUUUCCACCGAGAAGUAACCCAUACGGUAGAUCAUACGAUGAUCAUAGACCACCUCCAUAACGCUUUAGGCCGUCAACAGACUGUGAAAUCAUCUCUUUAUCUAAGGAGGAAAGCCGUUAUGCAGAGGAAGUUGAAGCUCGGCUGCGUAGUAUUGGACUGGUUUGUAACAUAGGUUAUCCUCCCAUUGAUUUGCCAGUGGCAGAAGUAAUUGAUCGUAUUACUCGUGCUGGAACACUUUAUGUGAUUGUUGUAU